CAAAUUAAAAAAGAAAAAAGAAAACCGGAAACAAAUAACAGGAGCAGUCAGUUCAUUUGAUCAUCGAGCAAAUCAUGGAUCGGAUCUUCUUUCACGUUGACACUCUCCUCUCCGAUCUCUGAUCCUCGAAGAGUCGCUUUCAUUGCUUCAACUGAACUCUCAGAUCGCUUUCUAUCUUUUGGAAACUCAUUUUCUUUAGGGUUUCGUCUCCUCUUUUUCUCCUUCUUAUUCUACUUUGUAAUGCUAUUAUGUUCGGACGCUGUUACAUUUGCCGCUGCUUCGUAUUCUUUUUCCGAAUUGGAUGAUUUGAUCGGAUUUUCUACGGUUCCGUAGAAUUACAGUUUUGUCGCUAGAAAAAAAAUGGCGGCUUCUCCUGUCAAGUUUCUCUUCGGAUUCUUUAUGAUUUCCAUCACAUUGUGGAUGGUUUUCAUAUUUGCGUCAAGGUUGCUAGCUUGGAUUCUAAGCAGGAUAGUUGGAGCAUCUGUUGGAUUCCGUGUUGGGGGAUGGAAAUGUUUGAAGGAUGUUGUUGUGAAGUUCAAUAAGGGUGCUGUUGAAUCCAUAUUAGUGGGUGAAAUCAAGCUUAGUUUACGCCAAUCCCUGGUUAAACUUGGGGCUGGCAUUAUUUCUAAGGAUCCAAAGCUGCAGGUGUUGAUAUGUGACUUGGAAGUUGUACUAAGGCCUUCAAGUAAAAGUUCACAGAAAUCUAGACCCCGGAAACCUCGCACUCCAGGCAGGGGGAAGUGGAUGGUUGUAGCUAACAUUGCAAGAUAUUUUUCAGUGUCUGUCACAGAUUUGGUUAUGAAGACGCCCAGAGCAACUGCUGAAGUUAAGGAACUCAAAGUAGACAUAUCUAAGGAUGGUGGCUCCAAACACAAUCUGUUUGUUAAGCUACACAUAUUACCCAUUUCUGUCUAUGCUAUUCAGAUGCUCUCUGGCUUUAUGGAAAAGCCUUCUUCUUCUUUUAGCUGUGAAGAGUUCUCUCUCUCUUGUGAAUUUGGCCAUGAUAGGGAAGCCGGUGUAGUUGUUCGAAAUGUGGACAUUAACUGUGGAGAGAUUGUUGUGAACCUCAAUGAGGAGCUACUCUCAAAGAAUAAAGAACCGCCAGAUGUUUUUACUCAAACCGAUAAAGUUACAGGGCCGACUGCUGAUUAUGUAACCACUAAAAAGCCUCAGAAAAAACAAUCUGCAAUUUUAGCAUUGGCAAAGUAUACUUCUAUGUUUCCAGAAAAGAUUUGCUUCAACUUACCAAAACUAGACGUGAAAUUUAUGCAUCUGCAACAUGAUAUUGUUGUUGAGAAUAACAUCAUGGGCAUUCAAUUGAAAUGCAUCAAAUCAAGAUCAACUGAGGAUGUGGGGGAGAGUGAGCGUCUUGAUGUUCAGUUGGAUUUCAGUGAGAUACAUCUUCUUAGAGAAGCUGGCUCUUCUGUAUUGCAGAUAAUGAAAGUGGAUGUUGUCUCUUUUGUCUACAUUCCGAUACAGGCAAGUCCUGUGCAAUCAUGGCAGCCAAUCUCACCUAUUAGAGCUGAAGUUGAUGUUAAACUUGGUGGGACUCAAUUUAACAUUAUAAUGAGUAGAUUGAAGCCAUGGUUGAGGUUGCAGUCCUCCAAAAAGAAGGGAAUGGUUCUUGAAGAGGAAACUUCUACUCUGGAGAAGCCACAAUCAACUGGAUCCAAAGCUAUCAUGUGGACAUGUACUGUCUCAGCCCCUGAGAUGACGAUUGUGCUUUAUAGUAUAAGUGGUGUGCCACUGUAUCAUGGAUGCUCACAGUCAUCACAUCUGUUUGCUAACAACAUUUCAAGUAUAGGAACCACAGUACACAUGGAACUUGGUGAGGUGAAUUUGCAUACGGCAGAUGAAUAUCAAGAAUGCUUGAAUGAAAGCCUUUUCACUGUGGAAUCCAAUUCAGGUUCAUUACUGCAUAUAGCAAAGGUUAGUCUAGAUUGGGGUAAAAAGGACAUGGAAUCAUCUGAAGAAGAUGGCCCUAGAUGUAAAUUAGCUCUUUCUGCUGACGUGACUGGAAUGGGCAUUUAUUUAACCUUUAAGCGUGUUGAAUCACUCAUAGUAACAGCUUUGUCCUUUGAAGCACUCUUAAAAAAUCUUUCUGCUGGUAAGAAAGCAACACAGAGCCGGACAGGACGUUCUUCAAAACCAUCAGGGAAGGGCACUCGGCUUUUAAACUUUAAUCUUGAACGUUGUUCAGUUAGUUUCUAUGGUGACACUUACUUGGAAAACUCUGUUGUUGCGGACCCCAAGCGUGUAAAUUAUGGGUCUCAGGGCGGUCGAGUUGUUAUUAGUGUUUCAGCUGAUGGUACACCACGUAAUGCAAAUAUAAUGUCCACAGUUUCUGAUCAGAGCAGGAAAUUGGGAUACUCUGUUUUGCUUGACAUCUUUCACUUCAGUUUGUGUGUGAACAAGGAGAAACAAUCCAUGCAGGUGGAACUUGAAAGGGCCAGAUCUAUUUAUCAGGAACGUCUUGGAGAAGAUAAACCAGAGACAAAAGUUUCGUUGUUUGACAUGCAGAACGCAAAAUUUGUACGACGCUCUGGUGGCCUUAAGGAGAUAGCUGUUUGCUCUCUGUUCAGUGCUAGUGAUAUCUCCGUCAGAUGGGAGCCUGAUGUGCAUCUGUCUUUGUUUGAACUUGUUUUGCAACUGAAAGCACUAGUUCACAGUCAGAAGCUCGAGGGACUUGGAAAUGAACACAUGGAUAAUAUCUCUGGUAUAAAAGAUGCUGAGCAGAAGAAAGAAGUCACUGUGAUUGAAGCGGGUAAUCUUGAUAAAACAAAGAAAAAAGAAUCUAUAUUUGCUGUUGAUGUAGAGAUGCUGAGUAUAUCUGCUGAAGUUGGAGAUGGAGUUGAUGCACUCGUGCAGGUUCAGUCAAUUUUCUCUGAGAAUGCCCGUAUAGGAGUACUUCUUGAAGGGCUGAUGCUUAGUUUCAAUGGGGCCCGGAUACUCAGAAGCAGCCGAAUGCAGAUUUCUCGUAUUCCCUCUACUUCCAUCUCAUCUGAUGCAAAAGUAUCAACGGCUGUUUUGUGGGAUUGGGUGGUUCAAGCACUUGAUGUUCAUAUUUGCAUGCCUUUCAGGCUGGAGUUGCGUGCCAUUGAUGAUGCUGUUGAGGAGAUGUUGCGAGCUUUAAAGCUUAUAACUCAAGCUAAAACUGAGCUAAUUUUUCCCAUGAGAAAGGAAAGCUCAAAACUUAAGAAGUCUAGUUCAACAAAAUUUGGACGUGUAAAGUUCUGCAUACGCAAGUUAACUGCUGAUAUUGAGGAAGAGCCAAUACAGGGUUGGCUUGAUGAGCAUUACCAUUUAAUGAAGAAUGAGGCCUGUGAGUUAGCUGUUCGGUUGAAAUUUCUUGAUGAUUAUGUCCUCGCCAACCAGUGUCCUAAAACAGCAGAAAGUAAUGAUUCUGCUUCUGAAAGAAGGAUUCACCAUAAUGGAGCUGAAAUUGAUGUGCAAGAUCCUUCAGCAAUCCAAAAAAUGCAAGAAGAGAUCUAUAAACAGUCUUUCCGAUCCUAUUACUUGGCAUGUCGGAGGCUAAAACAAUCAGAAGGCUCAGGUGCCUGUAGAGAAGGUUUUCAGGCUGGUUUUAAGCCAAGCACUGCAAGAACUUCUCUUCUUGCAGUUUCUGCUACAGAGUUAGAUGUGACAUUGACAAGGAUUGAUGGUGGAGAUGACGGGAUGAUAGACAUCCUAAAGCAGCUUGAUCCAGUAUGUCGUGAAAGCAAUAUACCCUUUUCACGUCUAUAUGGGAGUAAUAUUCUCUUAAAUGCUGGCAGUCUUGUUGUUCAGUUAAGAGAUUAUACAUUUCCUCUUUUUUCUGCAAUUUCUGGUAGAUGCGAAGGACGUGUUGUGCUAGCACAGCAGGCAACAUGUUUUCAGCCCCAAAUUUCCCAUGAUGUCUUCAUUGGGAGAUGGAGAAAGGUCCGCAUGCUUCGUUCGGCUAGUGGUACAACUCCACCGAUGAAAACAUACUCUGAUUUGCCUAUACAUUUUAAAAAAGCAGAAGUGUCGUUUGGGGUGGGAUAUGAACCAGUUUUUGCUGACAUAAGCUAUGCUUUCACCGUUGCACUUCGUAGGGCCAAUUUAAGUAAAAGGAGUCCUGGUCUUUCACAGGUUCUAAAAAAGGAGCGGAGCUUACCGUGGUGGGAUGAAAUGAGAAAUUACAUCCAUGGAAAUAUCACCUUAUUCUUUUCUGAAAGUAAAUGGAACAUUCUUGCGACUACUGAUCCUUAUGAAAAGCUUGACAAGCUUCAAAUUGUUUCUGGUUCUAUGGAGAUCCAGCAAUCAGAUGGCCGUGUGUAUGUUUCUGCUAAGGAUUUUAAAUUUUUCUUGAGUAGUUUGGAGAGUUUGGUAAAUAGUCGAAGCUUAAAACUUCCCACCAUUUCAUCUGGUGCUUUCCUUGAGGCUCCAGUCUUCAGCCUUGAGGUUACAAUGGAUUGGGAAUGUGAGUCUGGCAAUCCCAUGAAUCAUUAUUUAUUUGCAGUUCCUAUUGAAGGGAAGCCUAGGGAGAAAGUAUUUGAUCCUUUCAGAUCUACUUCUCUUUCCCUCCGAUGGAACUUUUCUCUUAAGUCCCUUGUUGCCCCAUUGGACAAACAAUCCCCAUCUGCCUCAGCCUCAGAUUGCACUAUUCUAGAUGGAGCUGUAAAUGGGGUACAGUUUAAGGCGGGGAAUGUUUCGAUUGCUUCACCAACAUUCAAUGUCGGUGCACAUGAUCUAGCUUGGAUAAUUAAGUUCUGGAAUAUGAACUAUAUUCCUCCUCAUAAAUUGCGUUCCUUUUCUCGUUGGCCUCGUUUUGGAGUUCCAAGAGUUCCUAGAUCAGGAAACUUGUCCUUAGAUAGGGUGAUGACAGAAUUUAUGCUCCGUUUAGAUGCUACACCUACUUGCAUAAAGCAUAUGACAUUAGAUGAUGAUGAUCCAGCAAAAGGACUGACAUUUAAUAUGGCAAAGCUUAAAUAUGAAAUCUGUUACAGUAGGGGUAAGCAAAAAUAUACUUUUGAGUGCAAGCGUGAUCCUCUUGAUCUUGUGUACCAGGGGCUUGACCUUCAUGUGCCUAAGGUUUAUUUAAACAAAGAAGACUGCACUAGUGUCACGAAAGUAGUUAAAAUGAUGAGGAAAACUUCUCAGUCUGCAUCCAUGGAACGAGUUCCUAGUGAAAAAAGUAAAUAUGUGAAUGCUUGCACAGAGAAGCAUCGUGAUGAAGGAUUUUUGUUGUCAUCUGAUUAUUUUACUAUCAGGAGGCAGGCCCCAAAGGCUGAUCCUGCAAGGUUAUUGGCAUGGCAGGAGGCUGGAAGAAAAAAUCUUGAAAUGACAUAUGUCAGAUCUGAAUUUGAGAACGGGAGUGAGAGUGAUGAGCAUGCUCGGUCAGAUCCUAGUGAUGACGAUGGUUACAAUGUGGUUAUAGCCGAUAAUUGUCAGCGAAUUUUUGUUUAUGGCCUAAAACUUUUGUGGACCAUAGAAAAUAGAGAUGCUGUGUGGUCUUUUGUUGGUGGAAUAUCAAAAGCAUUUGAACCUCAAAAGCCUUCACCUUCUCGGCAGUAUGCACAGAGGAAGUUAGUUGAGGAGAAACAGAAACUUGGUGAACCUGAAAUGCCUCAAGAGGAUGCUUCAAAGUCCCCUUCUACCAAUCAAGGUGUUCCUUCUCAGCACAUAGAGACAUCAGGAUCACAUUCAUCUCUAUCACAUGCAGUUGGAUUGGAAUGUUCAUCUACUGCUGCAGUUGCACUAGCUAAAUGUGAGGGCAAUGAUUCGGAAGAGGAAGGGAUUAUGCGUUUUAUGGUGAAUGUUAUUGAACCUCAAUUCAAUCUUCACUCUGAAGAAGCCAAUGGGAGAUUUCUUCUUGCUGCUGUUUGUGGUCGUGUUUUAGCUCGAUCAUUUCAUUCAGUUCUUCAUGUUGGCUCUGAGCUGAUUGAGCAAGCACUUGGUACUGGAAAUGUUCAUAUUCCCGAAGGUGAGCAUGACAUGACAUUGAAGAAGAUGGAGUUUUCUGUGAUGCUGGAGGAUGUACAGGCUCAUGUUGCACCAACUGAUGUGGAUCCUGGGGCUGGACUACAGUGGCUUCCAAAAAUUCGUAAAAGUUCCCCGAAGGUCAAACGUACUGGCGCUCUACUUGAAAGAGUGUUUAUGCCUUGUGAUAUGUACUUCCGGUACACAAGACAUAAAGGUGGAACCCCAGACUUGAAGGUGAAGUCAUUAAAGGAACUGACCUUUAACUCUGACAACAUAACAGCUAGCAUGACAUCUCGCCAGUUUCAGGUUAUGCUGGAUGUAUUAACCAAUCUUCUCUUUGCUCGACUUCCCAAGCCUCGAAAAAGCAGUCUCUCUUGUCCUGGUGAAGAUGAUGAAGAUGUAGGAGAGGAGGCAGAUGAAGUGGUUCCUGAUGGUGUUGAAGAGGUGGAACUUGCCAAAAUUACCCUUGAACAGAAAGAGCGGGAGCAGAAAUUGCUAUUGAAUGACAUUAAAAAGCUGUCUCUUCAUUGUGAUACUUCAGGAGACCAUCUGGAAAAGGAAGGUGAUUGUUGGAUGGUAAAUGGCGAGAGAUCUAUAUUGGUGCAAGGACUGAAGAGAGAACUUAUUAAUGCAAAAAAAUCGAGGAAAGCUGCAUCUCUAUCCUUACGGGUUGCUUUGCAGAAAGCAGCUCAGCUACGGCUAAUGGAGAAAGAAAACAACAAAAGUCCAUCCUAUGCAAUGCGAAUUUCUUUGCAAAUUAACAAAGUUGUAUGGAGUAUGCUUGUGGAUGGUAAAUCAUUUGCUGAGGCAGAGAUAAAUGACAUGAUUUAUGGUUUUGAACGCGAUUACGAAGAUGUUGGUGUUGCUCAGUUUACAACAAAGUAUUUUGUUGUGAGAAACUGCCUGCGCAAUGACAAAUCUGAUAUGCUUUUAUCAGCAUGGAAUCCUCCUCCAGAAUGGGGAAAAAAAGUCAUGCUUCAUGUGGAUGCGAAGCAGGGUGCUCCGAAAGAUGGAAACUCCUCUCUGGAUCAUUUUCAGGUAGAGAUAUACCCCCUUAAGAUUCAUUUGACAGAGACAAUGUACAGAAUGAUGUGGGGGUAUUUCUUCCCAGAAGAAGAACAAGAUUCGCAAAGACGGCAGGAAGUUUGGAAGGGCUCCACAACAUCUGUUGCAAGACGUCUAAAGAAGGGUGCCUUAAACCAUGAUGCUUCUGCAUCAGGCAUCCACUCAACAAAGGAGUCUGAAGUACCAUCCAAGCCAAGUGUGUCUUGUACAUCCAUUACCAAUCAGUCUGCUCCUGCUGGAUCUGCCCAAGCAUCUAAGAUACAAGACCCAAAAUCACAUGUUUCUGGUUCUGGCCCUGAGUUGAGGAGAACAUCUUCUUUUGACAGAACAUGGGAAGAGACUGUUGCAGAAUCAGUGGCUAAUGAACUUGUCCUACAGGCUCAUUCUUCCAGCGUUUCUUCCACUAAAAGUGGACCACUUGUUUCCACUGAGCAACAAGAUGAAUCCUCUAAAAAUAAAAUGAAAGACACAAAAUCUGUUAAGUCUGGUCGAUCAUCUCAGGAAGAGAAGAAGGUUGGAAAAUCCAAUGAAGAGAAAAAAUCUAGGCCUCGGAAAAUGAUGGAAUUUCACAAUAUCAAGAUAAGUCAGGUUGAACUACUAGUUACAUAUGAAGGGUCCAGAUUUGUUGUAAAUGAUCUCAAGUUGCUGAUGGAUACAUUUCACCGUGUGGAGUUCACUGGGACUUGGAGAAGACUGUUCUCUCGAGUUAAGAAGCAUAUUAUAUGGGGAGUUCUAAAGUCUGUAACAGGAAUGCAGGGUAAAAAAUUCAAAGACAAGGCACAUACUCAACAGCCAAGUGGAACUGGUGUUCCUGAUAGUGACCUCAAUCUCAGUGACAAUGACCAGGUUGAGAAACCUGGCCCGUACCCGAUAGCUUUUCUUAAGCGUCCAAGUGAUGGAGCUGGUGAUGGAUUUGUUACUUCCAUUAGGGGCCUCUUCAACACUCAACGGCGUAAAGCCAAACAAUUCGUGCUACGAACUAUGAGAGGUGAAGCGGAGAAUGAUUUCCAUGGAGAGUGGAGUGAGAGUGAAGCUGAAAUCUCUCCAUUCGCUAGGCAGUUGACCAUAACCAAAGCUAAGAGACUUAUUAGGCGGCACACAAAGAAGUUCCGUUCAAGGGGACAAAAAGGUUCAGGUUCAUCUUCUCAACAGAGAGAAUCACUUCCAUCAUCACCGAUGGGGUUGGAGAUCACUUCAUUUGAAACAGACUCUUCUAGUGGAUCCUCACCAUAUGAGGAUUUUUAUGAAUAGACUCGUCUCUCAUCAAAUGACAGUAUUAUUCGAAGGCCUUGAAUGGAGCAAACAGUAUGCAGUCCGCAAAUAUGUGCCCAAUUACUUCAGAGCAGUGAUGACAAGCAACCGCAUUGUUUUGCUAAAAUGUAACAGUGCUUGAAGACAGACUCGUUUCUGAUCUUCCAAAAAAAAAAAAAAAGAUGGUUGAAGAACACCGAAGGUAUGCCUGCUUGGUUAUUGACUGUGCAGGUUCUGGUUGAUGAUGUACCCUUGUAUUCUAUGGUGAUUGAUCUUUGAAAGCCUGGGUUAGAUCAUAUUUGUUGUUUUAUGACCCUCUGCUUCAUUUGACCAAGUGAUUGCAGCAGGUUCAAAUCCAUAAAUUUUGUAGGUUGGGUAGAAAAUAUAAACAGAUUAUACGAGCUACCAAGUACUAUAAUUUUGUACAUACAUUUAAAUAAUAUAUAUAUUGGAAUAGAAAUAAAUAUGAAAGUUACUAUC